CAUGCGCCCCGCACCUUGCAGGGUCCCAGCCUGCUGGCUCUGGGCGAGGGGGUCGCCGGAGUGGUCGCGGGUGGCGAGCGGCCGCAGGCCCCAGGCUUGGCCUACAGUGUGGAGUUGAUGUGGAGAGGUAGCCCCCAGUCCGCGGGUCCCGCGGGUCCUCGAUCGCCGUUCCUCGGAUUCCCAGUUGUCCUUCCUUUUUAGCCAGGUUCACUCUCACCUCCUCCAGAAAUGGGACGCCGGUCUUCAGACACUGAAGAGGAAAGCAGAAGCAAGAGGAAAAAGAAACACCGGAGGCGCUCGUCUUCAAGCAGCUCUUCAGACAGCAGGACAUACAGCCGCAAGAAGGGCGGGAGGAGGCCGAGGUCCGACUCAAGGUCCUGGUCUAGAGACCGCCAGCUUCGCUCGCAUUCUUAUGAGAGAAGACGCAGGCGCAGAUCAAGCAGCAGCUCUUCUUAUGGCUCCAGAAGGAAAAGAAGUCGCAGUCGUUCCAGGGGCCGAGGGAAACCCUAUAGAGUUCAAAGGUCUCGGUCAAAAAGCAGAACCAGAAGGUCCAGGUCAAGGCCUCGUCCACGCUCACAUAGUAGAAGCAGUGAAAGAUCCAGUCACAGAAGAACCCGUAGCAGGUCCAGGGACAGAGACAGACGUAAAGUCCGGGACAAAGAGAAAAGAGAAAAGGAGAAGGAUAAAGGCAAAGACAAAGAAGUGCACAGCAUCAAACGCGGGGAUUCUGGAAACAUCAAAGCUGGAUUAGAACAUCUGCCUCCAGCUGAGCAGGCCAAAGCCAGACUGCAAUUGGUCCUUGAAGCUGCUGCAAAAGCUGAUGAAGCAUUAAAAGCCAAAGAAAGGAGUGAGGAAGAAGCAAAGAGAAGAAAAGAAGAAGGUAAAAAUGCAUGAUUCCUUUGUCCUCUAAGGAGUAGUUAUCUGACACGACUUCCGUAGUGCAUGGAUACGUCAUAGAAUGUGGUGUAGUGCCUUCAGGGGCUUCGUGUCAUCUCAUGAUCUUAGAGGAAGGCACAGCAUUCACUGUACUCAUUGCUGGGCACUAAUGUUUGCUAUCAUAAGAUUAGUUUAAAAGCAUCCUCUGGGGCCGGUUAAGAGCGUUCUCCGCUGUGCCUGACCACCCGAGCCCUAUCCUUGUGGUCCACAUAGUAAAAGGAAAGGACACGCUCCUGAAAGUCAGCCUCUAACUGUCAUAGUAGCACUGUGGCAAGCAUGUUCUCACAGAGACAUCUGCACACAUACAACCUGUUGUGAAUCUUUCAGCUGCUCAGAAUCUCACAAGAGGAAAUACGUAUUGAGAAGUUGAAAGACGGAUAACUUGUGCACAGUAUGGUUUUGUUUAGCUGUAUGCUCUUCUCUGUGAUCAACUGCUACUAUAACUCACUGAUAAAAUAAGGCUCUUUAACGUAUACAUCUUGGCAUUUGCAUUCAGUAUGUUCUCUAAUCCACUGAUGUUUAUUGUAUGCCUAUAUUACCAGUAAAUAGAAGACUGGAUGGAAAGCAGUCUAAGGAAUCUCAAAUACUGUUUAGCUUUGUAUUGGUAAAAACAAUUGAUAACACGGACAUUAUAGAAUACACGCUUCUAUUUAUCACAGCUAGUACAUGUUACAGUCUCCCAGAUAGAAUUUUUGUAGUAGUUUUAGUUGAAUCAUGUGCAUUCAGAUCUUAGAGUUCAAUUAAUUUUUUAAAAAUAAGAAAUCUUGGUUGGUUUUGCCACCAACCAAAGAGCAUACACAGGCUGGUCUGAGCCAUCUCCACCACCAUCACAUAUGUAGCAGAGGACUGCCUCGCCUGGCCUAACUGGGGGGAGGAUUGCCUAAUCCUGUAAAGGGAACACCCAGGGUGGAGAGCACCCUCUCAGGGGCAAAGGGGAGGGCUUGGGAGGAAGAACCCUAUGAGACAGUACUGAGAAGGAGUGCAACCUUCGGGAUGUAAAUAAAUAAAAUAAUUAGUAAAAAUAAGUAAAUGUAGGUUUUAACAUUGUUAUUGAUUAUAAUAUGAAAAAUAUAAUAUGAAUUCUUAGCCCCAUAAAAAGAAAGUUUUAAUGCUUUCUAUCCUGUAUUUCCAGAUAACUAAUAUGUUAUUUCUAAUAAUCUCUUUAUCAUAAAUUGGUUAUAAAUUACCUUCAAAAAGAUACUUUAAGAUAUUUUAAAUACUGCAGGUACUUAAAUAUUAUAUAUAAUUACAUUUCCAGUAUUCUAUAUACAGAUUAAUUAAGUUAAGCCGUCCUUGUAGUGUGGUACGUAAUGUCUUUUUCCUUCUGUAUCUGACAAGUGUUGGCAAUUCCAGCCUUACCACAAUACCCAUUUUCAUUGCUUCUUUCCAAGUCUUAUACUGAGUAAAACUCCAGAACUGUAGAUGACCUAGUGUAAUGGUGCCUCACACAUAGUGGAAAUCUUGAAUUAUUGUAUCAACAAAUUAUUAAGUGAGGGGCCAGUUCUCUUUUCUUCUUUAAAGUCCAAACCUAGAUUUAUUUUGAGCUUACAUUGGAUUUUAAAUAAUCACAUUGAAAGUGCAUGCCAUCUCUGCUGUAUCACUUCUCUAAGACAAGACCUUAGCCGUUAUGCAAUUGCUCUAAUGAAUUAUAAUCAUGCGAAAUGGAGUUAAAUAAUAGAAAAUGUUAUCAGUAUUUGCUAUAUCGCUUUAUCUCUUCUUAAGUUCACUAAAUUUUCUGUGCAUUAAAAAACUGGAAAAUUAUAUUAUUGAAGAAAUAUUCAAUCGAUUAAGCUCUAUGACACUGACUCUAAAAUAUGAAAGGAACGGUUUUUAUUUAUGAGGUUCACUAUACUUGUUUUGUAUAGUAAAUCAGUCACCUUUUAGAUUCUUUGUUAUUUGCUUCCAAAUUUUUUUCUUAUGGAUUAUAUUGAAUUCUAUUAAAUUAACCUUUCCCUGAAGAUGAUUAAUGUAUAAGCUCACUUAUUUUAUUUCACAUAAUUAGUCUAGCUGCAAAUUAAAACUUGAGAUACAUUGGUAUGUACUUCUGUAUCUGAAAAAAAUAAUAAUCCUUUAUUUCAAAUCUAGAAGCCACUAGUAAUUCAGUCUGUCACAUCAUCUAUACAACUCAUAUCUUAAUUUCUUAGCAUGCUGAUACGCAGCACAGGGUUGAAAGCAUUGUUCAAAUGUAGAUAAAUAUUGUCUAUCUGGCUUCCUUUAUCCGCUCUCUGUUAUCUCAACAAAGCUAUUGUAUUAGCAUAGCAAAAGCUGUACCUUGCAAUUUCGCUUUGACUAUUAUGCAGUCCUUUCCUUUGAGUGUUCUUAAAUCAAUAGCAUAUUAUGUUUGAAAAUAUCAUGUCCAAGAUAGAGUCAGCCUAUAAUACCAGAUUUUUCCCAAGGUUACUGUUUUGCCUUAUAUCUGUCCAGUUUGAAUAUUUCCUAUGCUCCUUACAUAUAACUCAGCUCACCUCCCCCUUACUGAUAUUGCCCGCACAUUAUGGGCCUUCAUUCAUAACUGCUUACUAUCUCUUUCCACUCUUCUGGAGUUAUAUAAAGAUACAUCUCUUUGUAAAAAUAAACAAAUAAUUCAAAAUGUGGUUUUAAAAUUUGCCUCCUUAAACUAAGUACUUUUUUUUUUAACUUAGGUUGGAUUUCAGGCAAUGAACAUUGACUUGAGGAAUCUCUCAGUUUGGCUCUUUUCUUCUCUGUAUGUUCAGAAAUGUUCUGGUUGUACUUGCCUGGUUUUUUGAGACAAGCUUGACAUGUUGCUCAGACUGACCUGGAAGUGACUAAUGUAGCUCAGGCUGCCCUUGAACUCAAGAUCUCCCUUGUCAUUCUCUAAGGGUGGGAUUAUACUCUCAAUUCUGAAUAUCUAUGCUCCAAAUACAAGAGCAGCCACAUUCACUAAAGAAACUUUAGUAAAGCUCAAAGCACACAUUGCGCCUCACACAAUAAUAGUGGGAGACUUCAACACACCACUUUCACCAAUGGACAGAUCAUGGAAACAGAAACUAAACAGGGACACACUGAAACUAACAGAAGUGAUGAAACAAAUGGAUCUGACAGAUAUCUACAGAACAUUUUUCCCUAAAACAAAAGGAUAUACCUUCUUCUCAGCACCUCAUGGUACCUUCUCCAAAAUUGACCACAUAAUAGGUCACAAAUCAGGCCUCAACAGAUUCAAAAAUAUUGAAAUUGUCCCAUGUAUCCUAUCAGAUCACCAUGCACUAAGGCUGAUCUUCAAUAACAAAAUAAAUAACAGAAAGCCAACAUUCACAUGGAAACUGAACAACACUCUUCUCAAUGAUACCUUGGUCAAGGAAGGAA